AAAGCUAAAAAUCAUCUAAUUAUUUUAAUUAGCAUGGAUUUUUUUUCUCGCUUGUUAGCAUAAUACUAAAAAAAAAGUAAUUAUAAAAUAACAUCUUUUUUAAAAUGACCGUUCCACCGAGAUUAACUGAAAAGGUAAGCGCAGUCAAUGACGAAGAAGAACUUCGCCGUCGAGGGUUUAUUGUUGGAUGUAUAUUAGGUGAGGGAUCGUAUGCCAAGGUCAGGGCAGCGGUCAUAAAAAAGGGCGACUCUGUAGGACCAAAAGUUGCACUUAAGAUAAUAAACAAGAGGAAGGCGCCAAGGGAUUUUUUAACAAAAUUCAUGCCGAGAGAGUUAAAAGUCCUGCAGAAGGUCAAUCAUCCAAACGUCAUCAAGUGCUUCGAUAUCUUUUCUUUUGGACAUAAGACUUUUAUAGUAAUGGAGAUGGCUGGACAUGGUGAUUUAUUAGAAUAUAUCAAAUUAAGAGGAGCAUUGGAUGAGAACAAAUCAAAAUCAAUGUUCGGCCAAUUCGUUGAUGCUAUAGACCACCUACAUAACCUUAACAUAGUUCACCGAGAUUUAAAAUGUGAAAAUUUAUUGCUGGAUGUAAAAAAUAACAUUAAAGUCUCAGAUUUUGGAUUUGCGCGUGAACUUUCAGAUAAUGAAUUUAGCAAAACUUUUUGCGGGAGUGCGGCUUAUGCUGCCCCGGAGAUAUUACAAGGUAUAGCUUAUAAAGGUUACUCAUAUGAUAUUUGGAGUAUGGGCGUUAUUCUGUAUAUCAUGGUUUGCGGUUCUAUGCCGUACGAUGAUUCAAAUAUUAAAAAGAUGAUACGCUAUCAAACAGAGCGAAAGGUUAGCUUUUCUAGUUCAAAGAAAGUUUCCGACUCUUGCAAGAAGCUCAUACAUAAAAUAUUGGAGUCUGACGUCAAUAAAAGAGCUACAAUCAGUGAAAUUCGAAACUCUCCCUGGUUAUCCCCAGUAUUUAUUGAUUCCCCUGAAAAGAGUAAUUCAAACGUCUCGAAAUAGACCUCUCUUAAAUCCAUUGAUAUUUUCGAUUCGAUUAAUAAGCGCAGCUUGUAGGAAAUACAUAAAUAUCUAUUAUUCAUAAUAAAA